GUCAGGAUUAGCUUGCAUGUGGUUGCUGUUAAUUCGCUUGAUACUACUGCGAAAACUAUUGCUACAAAAGGUCCUGGAAAUACCUUUUCAAUGGAGUUCAUCAAAGACAUCACUGUCACCAUCGAUAAAGCAUAUUUUGAAGAUUGUGCAAGAUUGAAGAAGAUUAUCUCCUCUUAUAGCUAUGAAAACAAAACGUCCUCUUACAAAGUGAGCGGGAAAUUUGAGGAGCUGGAGAACAUGGUGGAUUUACUUAAGAGAAAUCAAGCAUCUGUCACUGUAUCUGCACUUGUGAUGGAAUACAUUCAGCAAAAAUAUGCAGAAACACUAAAAAAAAUUAAAGGCAAGCUUUUUACUAUUGAAAUCCGACCCUGCCUCAGUGCUCAGCUACACAAAACAGUUCAGGUGACUUUCGGAACCCAAAGUGAAUCAUCCUACCCUCCUAGCAGUGUGAGUUUAGAGUUUGUGAAGCAGCGGUUCAUCACUUUCUACCAGAGAACAGCAUCAGACCUGCAGGUUGCAGCUUUCACUCUGAACCCGCAUGACACACAAGUUUUUCAAAAACAGUUUCCUUUCCUUCUUUUCCAGACAAGCUCCAGCAAAACUGUGACAGUAAUAGGACCUUUUGCAAACUUACAAAAACUGAAAGCAGUUAUUUCACAAAAUCCACCAAACUUAAGUAGCAGUCAAAAGAACAGAGUUCCAGAACCCAAUCCAAGUGGCAAAUCAUCAAGUUCUUCAUCUAAACAAAGUAAACACAAUGAAGAUGAGCCAUGUCCUAUCUGUAUGGAGCCAAUCAGAGCUGGAAGGAAAGAAACACUUGGAUGCAAGCAUUCUUUCUGCAGCAGCUGUCUGAAAAAAGCCUUCGACUUCAAGCCUGUUUGUCCCAUCUGUGGCAAAGUGUAUGGUAUUCUGAAGGGGAUACAGCCUGAAGGAGUGAUGAAUAUCACUAAAACGCCCUCAUUUUUACCUGGAUAUGAAGCGUAUGAAACGAUAAUCAUCCAUUAUCACAUCCCAAGUGGCAUUCAGAAGGAAGAACACCCGAACCCUGGUCAGGCAUUUGAAGGUGUGUCCCGAACAGCUUACCUCCCAGAUUCCCCAGAAGGCAGGAAGAUCUUACAACUGCUCAAGCAAGCCUUUGAUCAGAGACUUACAUUUACUAUUGGUCAGUCCACCACCAGUGGCAGGAGCAACGUGGUCACAUGGAACGAUAUUCACCACAAGACAUCAACACAUGGUGGACCAACUCUGUUUGGAUACCCAGAUCCUGAGUACCUCAGCCGAGUUCGAGAAGAACUGAAAGUCAAAGGAGUUGAAUAAAUCUUUUUAAGGAUCGUCAACAUGUGACAGACAACAUACAAUUGUAUAAAAAUUAUGAUCACAAGUUACUCAUAGGCAGGGAUGUCCCUUUAAUUUGGCACCUUUGAUGACUGAUUGAAAUAGAUUUUUCAGUGUGUAAUAAGCAUACAGCCAGCACUUCCAAUAAUUUAAUUCAAACUAAGAAAUGAGUGCACACGUUUACAUUCUUUAUAAACUUUAAUUUACGAAGUUAACAUUUUACAUUUAAAGGAUCAAAUAUCACUUAAUUCUUAGGUUUGAAUGUGGGAUUUUUUUAACGUACUAAGGCCAAAUCCUAAUAAAUUCUUAUAUGUGAUGUUGAUUGAUUGCAAGCAGUAGUUUUGUUUUGCCAGUAUAAAAAUGAUUUGUUUGGAAUCCCCUGUUGGACUGACAAUGAGGUUGGUUUUAAUGUGCAGCAACAACCCCAGAACUACAAAAACCCAAGCCUGUAAUAAACUAAAAACUGCUGGACCACCAGUGUCACUGACCACAAUGAAGCCAGUUUUACAUCACCAUGAGCUAAGAGGGUUUACCCCCAAAAAAAUCUCCUUUCAGAACCAGUACCUUCAAGCUCAGCUGAAAUUUGCCACUGAUCACUCAGACUAGCCAAAAUUAGUUUAGUCAAACUUUGUAUGGUCAAAAGAGACAAAGGUAAGAAGGAAAGAUAAGACAAUAGUUAACCCACCUGUUAUGUUAGUUUCUGAGGAACAGCAACAAUGUUCCCAGGUCAGUUUGACCCUGGGAAUGUUUAAUCAUGCUGUAUUGUCAGCAACUAAAAAAGGAAAAUCCCCAGAGACAUUUUUGUAUCUGUUUAAUAACUCCGUUACUAACCAUUUCAAGCUAUAUUUUAUUAGCAUUGAUAUUUUUUAUCUGUCACAGAUAAAGGAUCAAUAAGGACAAUUCACUCAUUUUUCAUKAAAAGUUCCCUUUCCGUCAGUACACUCAGUACAACACAUGAGUAAUCCCCAUACUCGUGUUGUACCUCAUUUCCCUCCCUCAGGGAACAUUGGUUAUAUUCAUAACCCCCAAUUUAUUUAUGUCCACUGAAAAAACCUACACACAAAAAAUGAUUAUACAUGAAAUUGAUUUUUUUUAUUCUCUCUUCUACAUUUUGAUUGUUUUUUUUCUCAAGGAGUGAUGUUUAUAAUUAAACUUGUGGCACUUCUGUUCAUGGUCAAAUUGAUCCACUGAUUAAAAAUUAAGACAAAUGA